AUGACAUCCCUCGUCCGCCGUGUCCGGCGACCCGCCCCGGCCGGAUUCGAGAGACCGUCGGCCGAAUCUCAAAAAUUCAAUAUCACAGCCGAGGAUAAUCUUUUUCCCACGCCAUCACCGAGUUCGCGCGCGGUUCUAGUUCGGAAACGUCGCCGCCGAACCUUCGCAAGCCUCCCUCCCGAGAUCCACCUCCUCAUCGCGGAGCAUCUCAUUUACCCCGAUGCGCUGUCGCUCAAACAUACCAACCGCUACUUCUACAAUGUUGUCGACACAGGCGUGACGCUAAAAGUGGAAUGGCUCAUGGAACGGCGGUUACUACAUUUGGAGUGCCCCAGUCACCAGCGCUGUGAUCUGGGGAGUGACUUGAGGUUUUGCCGGGGCAGUGUCAAGUAUGUCCUUGUUUUUGGCGUGCACCCUAAUAUCCCGUACUGGCUGGUUCCGGGGAGGGAAAAAUAUCAUGACGCUGGGUUUAAAAGACUGGUAACGACUUCUAAUACUUUUAAUGCAAGAAGGAUACACUUCGAAACUACAUACCUUAGAUCUCCGAAGAUGAUGCGUGAAAACUGCAACACGCACUUGAUGGGCUUGCCCAUUGAGAUCCUUUAUAUGAUCGCUGAGUGGCUAGCAACGCCGUUCGAUGAGAGCACACCUCUCGAUCAACACAAUAACUCAGGCGUCAAGGCCCUGUCCCUGGUAAACCGAACAUUCCGGGAUAUUUGCCUGAAAGUCUCAUUCCAUCGCGUUCGGGUGUGGAAAAAGGAAUACAAUUUGGCAAGCCAUCUACGCAAUAUUUGCGCCGAGGGGCAGCACAUCCUCCCACGAGCCAAAACCAUCGGGCCCGGACCCGGCUCCAGGACUGGUCGCGGUGUGCCUUUCGGGUUAGAACCGGAUCUCUUCCGGAGAUUGAGUCUCCUGCUGUCCAAAAUGCCGAGGCUCACAGACCUACGGCUUUCUCCAUUUCCUACCGUUAAAUCACUCUAUGUGCGGUCAGCCAGUCAGAUCAGCAAGAUUUUCCGGUGCUUCCCAAACCUGGAAGCAGUGAAUUUCAAUAUUCACGGAGACACGGGACAAGGACCGCCUUACAAGUUGUCGCAGGAGUUCAAGAUGCUGAAAGAAGGGUUUCCGCAUCUCAAGGCGAUGUCCAUCUUCAAAACAACCACCCGAGGAUGGACUGCCGCAGACAUCCGAGCUGUCGUCAGACAAUUCCCCCGCAUCGAGCGGCUUUUCCUCGAAGGCUGCAUCGGCACAGACGUAGCCCGCAUGGAUGCCGACGAUGUCGCAAGGCUCUUCGCGCCUCUCCGGCGUCUGCGCCACCUGGCCCUGACGGACGAGAUCUACCACCCCGUAACCAAAAACUACAUGCGUAUCGCCAAGAUGUUCCCCUUGGACCCGUCCGACCGCUGGCGCCAAAUGGCCACGUCCCUCUUCGCGGCCGUGCCCAAGUUGCAGGAAGUUUGCAUCGGAAGACAAGUCGAUUUCCAGGCUCUCGUUUUCCAGCGCCUCCCCACCUCAGCCACGGAGGGACAACUUGCACUCGAAGGACAAGCGAAACACGCGAUUCCAGCAGCCCAAGCGGGCCCGCAAACCCCGAAAAAGGCAGAGAACCCCGCGGGCGGCGGCGACGCCCCCCCGAACCCGCCGCAGGUCCAAAACCAUCCCGUCGGGCUGCGCGUCAUCCGCGCGUACAACGACCACCCGCAAAAGGUGCGGCUCAACUUCCCGCCCGCCUGCUGGAGCGGGAAGAAACGUGCCUGGUGGCCCGCGUCCGGGCGGCUGCCGGACGAGUCCGACAUGGCUGCGCCAGACGAGCCGUGGGGUUCGGUCGGGUUCAUCAACGUCAUUGAGGAGGACGAGGACACGGCGGCGGAGACGUCGGUGCACUACCAGGAGAUGGUGCUCGACCAUUGCGAGGUGUCGUUUUGGGAUGCCGAGUGGUUGAGGGUUAUUAGAUACCUAGCCUAGAUGCUCGCCAGCUGGUGUGUAUAAAUCUGUACUAUUGGGGAAGGUUGGGGUAGGGUUGGAGGUCGGACGAUGAUGAUAUGGUGAAGGAAGAGAGCUCACUUGCUUCGCACAUAUAUAUACCUACCUCCCUGAACGACAAAUAUAGGUCACAUCCCUGGCUAUGAUAACCAACUCAAGAC